AUGGUCUCAACAAAUAAUGAAUUAUCAACUGAAAAGAAAUUAAAUAACCUUGAAUAUUUUCCAAUGAAUAAUAACGAAAAUUUCAACCGUGAUGAAAUGAGAAGAAUUCGUAGACAAAGACAACAACAACACCUACAACAACAAUAUCAAAUUAGACAAAUUAAAAAAGAAUUAAAAGAAAAUAAAUCAACUGGUUCAAAGAUUUUAAAUUUUUUAAAAAAGUUUAUAGAAAAUGAUGGUGAAAAUCAGACACAAACUUUAAAAGUUAAAAUGAAUUUUGUAUAUUAA